GGUGGCUGCAAGUUUACACUAUGCAGAGUCUCGAUGGUCGGGGAAGCCCAGCUUCCUGCGCAAGCAACACUUCCGGUAGCGUGAGUCUUUCCGGGCUAGAGGUCACAAUGGCUUCUGCCUUGGCUCGCCUUGGUCUUCGGUCCGUUAAGCAGGUUCGAGUUCAGUUCUGCCCUUUCGAGAAGAACGUGGAAUCCACGAGAACCUUCCUUCAGGCGGUGAGCAGCGAAAAAGUCCGUUCCACCAAUCUCAACUGCUCGGUGAUUGCAGACGUAAGACACGACGGUUCCGAGCCCUGCGUGGACGUGCUUUUUGGAGAUGGACAUCGCCUGAUUAUGCGCGGCUCUCACCUCACCGCUGUGGAAAUGCUCACUGCCUUAGCCUCCCACAUCCGGGCCAGGGACUUAGCUGGGAGUGGGGAUAAACCUGGCGCUGAUACCGGACGCUGAGAGCGCCGCAGAGACCAACAAGCAGAUUUUAGCCUGGACUAGGACACUUAACUCUUCUUGAAGAAGACCUUGACUUAAUUAUUCAAAUCACUAUCUUGAGGGCUACCGAGUGCAAAACAAAAAUAAAAACCGCGAGGGGUGAGGACAGACCUGAACCGAUUUCACUUUCUUAUAGUUAUCCACUCACUGUUAACCUACCACUCACUCAAGGUACCUCUUAAUUUUGUCAGAUCCAGUGCUGUUUUUCUCAGUCUUCAUCUUUCUAUCUCAGUAUCACCUGCCAUUCUUAAAUUCACCCUCUGAACCUCUCUCCCUCUUAGGUCCUUUUUCUUAACCAUAAAGAUGUACCACCCUCAUCUUUCUUUUUCUUCUUUAUUUUUUCCAGGGCAUCUAAUGUUCUGUCAUAAUUUAAACUGCCCUUUCUGGAGUAAAACCCUAUAUUUCUGUUCGGUUCUAAUCCUAAUUUUUUUUCCCCUUCGGCAAUCUAUUAGAUAAAAUGGAGUGGAAACCACAGUGUCAUCUCUGGUUCUGCCCUCUCUCUCCCUUUCCCUGCACAUCUGCGUAGUCCAGAAUAUUAUGUCUUUUUUUUAAAGCUCCUAAAGUAAUCUCUCCAUUCCCAUACGCUAUCAUAUUGCAUUCUCCCAUCCAGUCUUUUUCCAAAUCAAAUAAUAAAAAUUAUCAGAGUGCA